GUUGUUUUAAUAAAAUUAUAAUGAGUUUAAUGAACAUAAAGUUAUCAUAUUUAGAUACUAAAAUAACCUAAUAACAAUGAGAAAGCAUACGUUAAUAAAAUUGCAAAUGCUAUCGAUUUUGAAUCAUGUGAUAAACUCUGACAAAAAACUGUUUUCAAAACUGAUAAUCAAUGAUCUUAAAAAGUUACAAAAACUCUUAAUUAUAUUGAACAACAAAAAAUAUCAAAAGAGUAUCAACGACUUAUUAAAAAAUCAAAAAGAAAACAGCAUUAGAUACCAAAACUAUGAGCCCAAAUCCAUUUUUUAUACAAAACCAUUAAAUACUAAUAGUAAAGGUGUUCAAUUAAAUGAACGUAAAUUUGUUUUGACGAAGUUGAAUAACUCCGAGCAUUUUGAUUCAAACAAAUCUAUAGAGUUUCCCAUAAUUCAUAGCGUUCCUGGAAACAUACAAUCCAAAUCCAUUACUGAUGAUAUCGAAGAUUCUACGGUAAUUAGUGGAGCACCAUAUGGAAUAUCAAGCAAUUCAUUGGUUUUAGGCCAAAUGUAUAUCUCUUCCACAGAAUGCUGUAUAAAACAAUUCAAACCCAAUCCUGCGAAUGAAUAUUCAAAAAAUAAUUCUUCUGUGAACUUAUCUGAUGUACUUGAAUAUGCAUCAAAAGAAAACAAAACUGAAAGUAAAGAUAAUUCCAAAAAUGAUUUCACAAAAGAUUUGUUUGGAAAAUGUGUUCAUUAUAACUCCAAAUUGAAACCUAAAAUUUAUCAAAACAAAAAUAUAAGUUGGUUUGAAAACCCUUGUAUAAUAAAUACCAUUAGUAAAUCUGAAGCACCUAACACUACUGACAUCAAAAGUUUUAUUACCGAAGAUGACUCCUUAUUUGCUUUUCAAAAAGAAAAAGUUGAAGACUAUCAUUUAAAAUUAUGGUUGAAAACAGAUUUGAAUAAUGAUAAAAUAUUUGAAGAAUCUCCAAACCUUUACCACUCAUUUUAUUAUAGAAAAAAUAAGCAGAUUAUAAAUCCUUCUUGUCAUGAUAAUACACUAAAAACUACAAAAGGUAGAAAUCAUGCAGAAAAAGUGAAGAAAACAUCUUUCUCUGAAGUCGAGAUUACAGGUACAUAUAAAAACGUAUUUUCCAAAACUUCAAAUUCAGAAACAUGCAACAAAGGAUUUGAAGACAAGAUUGUUGAAACGUCCAAAAAAAACACCAACAUACAUAUAGACACAAGUUUAAAGCCAAAUACACAAUUUGAAAUUCCGCUUGAAAUCAAAAAACCCCUACCAAUAUCUACACUAAGCACCCAUGAUUUUAAUUUGCAUGUAGAACCACAAAUAGUGAGAGAAAAUGAAAUGAUUUGCAACAAUGUUCUACAACAUGAUAUUCCUGUAGGGACACAAAAAACUAGUUCAAAGACUUGGAAUCAAUCUCUUCAUUUGAAAAAUUCAUCAAUGAUUCAUGAAAUUAACAAAAGUGACAAAAUAAAACAACUGCACACAACACAUACAAGUAAAAAUCCUAAAACUGAUGUACCCUAGGAAUCUAAACAAUUGGAAACACUUACAUUUCUCAAUAGCAUCGACUGUGAAACUUCAACACUGGAGGAUGAAAUUUUGGAAAAGGGUCCAAUUAAUGAACCUCAACAAACAGGAGAAGUGCAUGAAACAACAGAGAACACUGAAGAUUAUACAGAUUAUUGUAGUGAUAAUUUACUGGACAUUAAAGUGGAACAACCAUUUGAAUUAAACCCUGAAGUUGAAAAGCAUCCAACUUUAAGUCAUACAAUCACAAUAUAUGAUGAUACCCAGUUUGACAUGAUUGAUAAAGCAACUCAAACAGACAUUAGUGCCCCACCAGAUGAUGAAAACAUACUCAACAAACUUGUUGGCUACAUUUGCCUUAAAGAUCAUGAAAUCAACUUUAAAAGGAAAAAAUGCUGUUUUGUAUUUACAAAUUAGCAUUUUUAUCAAAAUGUUAAUUUCAAAAUCCAAAUUUUGAUUACAUUUUAGCUAAUUGCGUUCCAAAAAUCAUAUCAUUGCAGAAAAAAACAUUAAAGGUGUAUCAACAUUAAUCUCCAGCUACGAAAAGUAAUAUUACCUUAACAUGUGAUUUCUUCAUGUAAAUAUGCGGCAAUCUUCUUGAGCCACACAAAACUUGGUUACGAUGAACGCUGCUCCCCCGAAGUUAUUAACACCGCGAGAAAAUUUGUGGUUCUGCCAGCACUCCACAGCAAGCAAAAAGAAUGGAAGCAGUGACCGGCCCAGUUAGACUCGGAGCUUUACGAACUCAUCGUCGGCGAAAAGAUGCUUCGCCGUCGUUUGUCCUGUCGAAUUUAUGAAGUUAUUCCUGCUCAUCUCGUGCGGAAUAGUGCUUCGUUGGCUGCAUAUCCUCAAGAGCUUGUUAACAAUCUGCCAUUCCCACGAUUUUCUCCGAUGCUGCACAAAAAAUCUCGCGAAACAAACUCGGAAUUAUCCUUAUUUUAUUCCAUGAAGUGAAGAGACUUUGUCGCCACACGUAGGUGAGCACUUUCUACUGCACACCAGAAUUAGAACUGAAAUCGUAACAACCUCAAAGCCCGUGUUCGAGAGCUUUCCACCACGGAAUCCCUCCACCAUUUGGAUUGACAACACAGGGAAUCGAAACCCGUAUCGGGGAGAUAUUCUUUCCUUGCGUUGGUAGUGGUUACCCGGUUGCAGGAGAAUUGAAUCCACCACAGGGGAUUCGAUAUUAACAGGAGGAGUCAUGAAGGAUGGGGAAUGUCUAAAGCUUGGCCAGGCAGGCACGACGGGGAUAAAAGCGACGGAGAUCCCAGCAACAAACACCUUCGGAAGGAGAAGGAAAGCUGGGCCUUAAGUGCAGCAGCUUUCACCCACACAUACUAAUUAUCGAUUAUCUUGUUGUUUCCGCACCCCACGCUUCUCCAUUGGCAAUGGCGGGAACAAGGUGGAUUGCAAUCUUAAGUCGUUACCAUGCUCUCAUGCAAUGGCGAUCCGAUUCUGCUUUGCGGUGGCCAUGGCCCGGCAUUCGAGCUUCAAAGCUCACAUGCAUAUCCCAAAGACUUGAGCUGAUACUAAGACUUGCUUCAGGAUAAGGAAGAGGGGAAGGAAGUCAUCUUCAAAUCCAUUUGUAAGAGAUAAGCAAAUCACCCAAUUACUGGAUGUGUGUAUAGCAAUUUGAGAUGUUUGUGUAGCGUAAGUCUUCUCUUGUUCUCUAUAAUGGCACUUGUGUUUUCAAGCUUGGAAAUAGUGCUCUUCCAAAUUCUCUAUGGAAAAUAAAUUCAAUCAUGUUUUUGUAUGAGAAUUUGAAGGGUUGCGAGUGACAAACUAUCUGCUCCUAAUUAUAUGUGUAUACAUAUUCAAAAUGUCUUCUUUAAAAAUCAGAAUUGUGCAGUUUGAUGCUAUACAAUAAAAACAACUUUGAAUUGA